AUGGCAUCUCUUCAUCACUUGAACACCAUUGAGGACGCGGCACUUGUCCUUAAGACGGAUGCUUCAAGUUCCGCUGUCGGUGCAGUUUUGCAACUGUUAGUUGAUAACGAAUUUCAACCACUGUUCCUUUACUUACGGAAGCUACAACCUGCUCAGAUCACGUACAGCACCUUUGGUCGUGAACUGCUCGUCAUGUACUUGGCUGUGAAACAUUUCUGUCACCUUUUAGAAGGACACCGUUUCAUACUCUUGACAAAUCACAAGCCGCUGGUGUAUGCUUUCUGUUCGGCCUCGGACCGUUACUCACUCCGAGAAACGCGUCAUCUGGACUAUCUUUCGCAGUUUUGUGUUGAUGUUCGUUAUAUCGACGGUCCUAACAACACUGUUGCCGAUGCCUUAUCCCGCGCUCAUGUGAAUCAGUUGUCAUCAACACCCAUCGACCCUGGAGAGAAUAGCGGCCACUCAAAACAAUGA